GAUAGUGGUGGCGGGAACAUUAGUGCCAUCGCCGCCUCUCGCCACCAACAGUGAUGCCUAACAAUGCCACUUGUUAUCUACGUCGGCCAACACACCGAGAUUUACUUGUGAGUGCCAGGCAACAGGAGUGCCAGUAACAAAGUUGGUGGACAUAGCCUGAGGCAGACUUAAAUAGGUUAACUGGCGACAGUACGAGGAACAAAAAGAUCAUAAUUAUGUCCUAAUGUGUGUGACUCAGCUUACUGCGGGAUAUUGCUUAUUAAGUGUGAUUAUAUGUGAGAGUUAGUGAUACGGGUGUUCAGUGUCGAGGCUGUCGACUGAACAGUGUGUCCAACAAUACGGCGUCCUCACUCAGUUAAUUAACCAGAGUACGGUGAAGGCAGCCAUGACAAGAAGUGUUCCCAUCUACAAUGCAACGCAGAGGAGAUAAAACAAGCGUCUAAUAAUAUAAAUGAUAAGAUAAGCGACACUGAGAAACGUGGAAGAAGCAGACUGAAGAGAAGUAAUGCCGUUAUGAGUAAAGAUGUAGCUCUCUCAUGUAUAGACAGAGACUUAUCCUUGUGAAACAGUUGACUUUAUGAUAAUUUAUUAGUAAAAGUUUAAUGGUGAUGAAUGACUAGUUUUAACGAUCAAGAAUAUUACUUCAUAGGUGUUAUUGAGAAGAAGAAAACCCGGUGCAAAGUUAAAACACACACACACACACACACACACACACACACACACACACACUGAAGAACAAGUGGCGAGAAGACAUCAUCUGUAGCACACUCAAAAGCGGUUAGCGAGCACAAUGACGUAAUAGCUGUUGAAGCACAGAAAUACAUAAAUACAGCAAGUGCUUCAUGAGAGCCUGUUGGAGUAUCGUAGUUCCCUUGUGAAUCUUCAAAGACAUUAAAGAACCUUAAAAAGGACGCAGAGAAGUGAGAGAACCCCUCAAGACUCGUAAGAACCCCCAGAGCCACCUGACAGUCUGCCUCACGUGUUAGACCUCCGGACAGUUCCUCGUGGAUGCUAAAAGGAUGACCCCAAUCAAGUUGUCUAUCUUGAGUAGUGUAGCGACCACCUCCACCACCAGCCGACUCCUCUUCCUCCUGCUGGCGAUGAUACUUGUGACAGCCAGUGGGUCCGUCCCUCCCAGGUGUUCCGUUAAAUCUGUCUGCCAUCGGGACGAUAACAGGAUCUGGCCCGCCCCUUGCUCCUGUGAGGCUGACUGUGGGGUGUACGGCGACUGCUGCCAGGACGCCACCGCCCCCGCACACACCAACCUCUCCACCCUUCCUCACCCACACAAAUGGAGUUGUAGGACCUUCACGAGUAAACACUUGUGUCCCCACUCCGUGUAUGCCAUCGACUGGUGUCCCGAGAAUACAAAUGAGUUCCUUGCCACGCGCUGUGCCGGCCUGGAAGGUCAUCACACAUUCCUCCAAGACAUACUUGUUAAGUCAACUACUUCAGGGAUCGUUUAUGGCAACAUUUUUUGUGCCUUGUGUCACCAGGACGCUCAUCAGCUCAACGAUCUGAACGCCAUUAUGCAGUGUAUCAUAGCAGAUGGUGUCCAACUUCGGAUUACCAAUCGAAAAUUUUUCGCCAAGAUGAACUAUCACGCUGGGAAGCUACAGUGGACGACCACGUUAACGCAGGAGCUGGUCACAACCUACCUCAACAGCAGCUUUGAUAAAGAUGUGAAUAAGACGGUAGAAUGUGCCUUGUAUUAUGAUAUCGCAGGCCACCCUUGUGAUGACGUACAUAAAAGCUGUGCAGACGGAUGGACUCAAGAUGACACGAGGCAGUCUUGUGCGUCGUACACCUACCACGUCUACACCGCGGAGAAGAUAUUCAAGAACUGGGACUGCGCAAUUUGUAAUUAUGUUCCCGUAAAUAAUAUAAAGUGUUCUCCAUACCCUAAACCACGUACUCUCAUCUGUAGUUUUCCACCUUCAUCGGUUAAUGAUUUAUUUAAAGUUUACGGUGAAUGCCAGGAACCUCAAGUAUGGAAUCCACUGUCAGGAAGGUGUGAGGCAGUGAGGUGUGGUUCUCUGUAUAAACUUGUUCGUGGUGAAUGUGUACGAGAUAAUUCUCAAAUGAUUGGACGUUUUUCCAUCAACUCCUCUUGCUUUACCCGGGAUUACGAUCGGAAUCUAAGUGUCACUUUUCCAAACUUAACGAUCUACCUUAAUACGACAGGGACGACCCACCACCGCGGCGAGUACGAAUUCGUCGAUAAGGAUUUCGUCAGAGUUUGUCGGCCUCAAGACACUGUCCCUGUCCUCGGCGUGGUCUCAACAGUGUUCAUGUCAUUGUCACUAUUCUGUAUGUUCCUCCAUAUGUGUAUAUUCUUUUGCCAGUACAAGCGAAGGAGCAUCCCAAGACUCACUCACUUCCUGAUGGUGUUCUCCCUCUUCAUUGCUGAACUCUUCUUACUUAUCACAUUUAACGCCAACGACAACUACGUCGCUUGUGUCGUAUACGCCUCAAUCAUGUAUUAUUUCUUUUCUGUCGCUUUUUUUUGGAUGAAUGUCAUCAGUUUCGACACCUGCCGAGCCUUCUGCUCUCACACCUACGUGAAAUCCACCAUUAAGACGUUUAUAGGUUACUUUGUGUACACCACGACCGUGCCGCUGCUCAUGACGGUAACAGCCGUAGUGGUCGACCUAUUAUCUCCUCCCGACUUUGUUUUACGCCCCGAUCUGGGUACUGGUAGAUGUUGGUUUAACAAUAAGUGGGGACUUGUGUUGUUCUUUAUCUGUCCAGUGUUCUUGAUACUGAUAAUUGACUUCAUUCUUUACAUAAUUGCUGUAUACGAAAUAUAUAAACAACAAAAAUCGGCUGAAUUUGCGUCGCGAGCAGCUAUUAAAAAUAACAAACGUAGAUGUAGGUCAGAUGCGAGUAAUAAGAGAACUGAGGGACAGUGUGAAUAUCCCCCUUCUAGUGCUGUUACCUCGAGGUCCACAACACCAGACAUGGGCACAUCAGCAAUGUGUCUGGAAGAACUUCCUGGAAGGGGCCUGGAACGUCAGCAGAAGAAAACUCAACACCUGAAGGUGGUGAGGGACCGUGUGGUAAUCUACAGCAAGGUGGCGCUCAUCAUGGGCAUGACGUGGGUCUUCGCUCUCGUCUCCCUCUUCGUGGAGUCAUCUGUGGUGAAUUAUUGUAAUGUCUUCUUCAACUGCUUACAAGGAACCUUCAUUUUCAUUUCUUUCGACUGUACAAAAGAAAACAUUAAUAGGCUGCGCUACCGACUGACUGGAUACAGCAGCAACCAAGAUACUGUAGAGACAGUGUAAUGAUUUUUCUAUAAAUACAUUUGUAGGUCAUAUAUUAGGAGGCCACAAUAUAAGUAAAUGUCUAUUAUUAACUAACAAAAUAUAACACACGUAUAAUACAAGACAGUCCCACGCAAUAUUCUGAAUAAUAGAUGUGAAAUCCCUGUAUUUAUUGUCACU